UACUAGAGAGAGAAGAAAAACGAAGAAAGGUAACAGAGAGAGAAAAGAAGAAGAGUGUUUCUCACAUCGCAUGGCCUCCAUGCCCUUGGGGCACCACCACCAACCACCGCUGGCGCCGCUUACGCAACCAUCUCAACCGCCACAGUUUCAGGCGCAACCUGAAGUGGCUCGCCGGAGCUCCGAUGUGGAGACUGACAAGUUGCAGGAAAUGUCAGCUACGGUAAUUGAAGGGAAUGAUGCAGUCACUGGCCACAUAAUUUCCACCACAAUUGGAGGCAAAAAUGGUGAACCAAAACAGACUAUCAGUUACAUGGCAGAACGUGUUGUAGGCACUGGAUCAUUUGGAGUUGUUUUCCAGGCAAAAUGCUUGGAGACUGGGGAGGCAGUGGCUAUUAAAAAGGUCUUGCAAGACAGGCGGUACAAAAAUCGUGAGCUGCAGUUAAUGCGCUUGAUGGAUCACCCAAAUGUGAUUUCCCUGAAGCAUUGUUUCUUCUCUACAACAAGCAGAGAUGAACUUUUUCUGAACUUGGUGAUGGAAUAUGUCCCUGAGACAAUGGACCGAGUUAUAAAGCACUACAAUACUAUAAACCAGAGAAUGCCUCUCAUCUAUGUGAAACUGUAUACUUAUCAAAUCUUUAGGGGAUUAGCAUAUAUCCAUACCGUUCUGGGAGUUUGCCAUAGAGAUGUGAAACCUCAAAAUCUUUUGGUUCAUCCUCUUACCCACCAAGUUAAGCUUUGUGAUUUUGGGAGUGCCAAAGUUCUGGUCCGGGGUGAAUCAAACAUUUCAUACAUAUGUUCACGUUAUUAUCGGGCUCCAGAACUAAUAUUUGGUGCAACAGAAUACACAACUUCUAUUGAUAUCUGGUCUGCUGGUUGUGUCCUUGCUGAACUUCUUCUAGGACAGCCAUUAUUUCCUGGAGAAAAUCAGGUGGAACAACUUGUGGAAAUUAUCAAGGUUCUUGGUACUCCAACUCGAGAGGAAAUACGUUGCAUGAAUCCGAAUUAUACAAAUUUUAGAUUCCCUCAGAUUAAAGCUCAUCCCUGGCACAAGGUUUUCCACAAGCGAAUGCCUCCUGAAGCAAUUGACCUAGCAUCAAGGCUUCUCCAAUAUUCACCUAGUCUUCGCUGCACUGCGCUGGAAGCAUGUGCACAUCCUUUCUUUGAUGAGCUUCGUGAGCCAAAUGCCCGUCUACCUAAUGGACGUCCACUGCCCCCACUUUUCAACUUUAAACAGGAAUUAGCUGGAGCAUCACCUGAACUGAUCAAUAGGCUCAUCCCGGAGCAUAUUAGGCGGCAGACUGGUUUCAGCUUCUCUCAUUCUGCCGGUACAUAAAUGUAAAGGGAUAAUGAAACAAGUCAACCGGUAUAGUGAUCUUUGUGAAGUAACAGACGGGCUGUUUGUGGCCUAUAUAACUGGGGGUUCCGGCCUAAUCUGCAGUUUUUCCACCCCCUGUGAAGAUGUAUACAUGUGCUGGCUGCUCGGCAUAACGUUAAAGUUGGUGAUUCUGUCUAAUAUUUCAUUCUAGUUGAAGCAUACUUAUCCCCACAUCUGUAUAUUGUUUUGGUCAGAUUUCAGAAAUCUAGGAGUAUAAAAUGAUAGCAAUCAUGUCUACGUAGGUAGAGGAGCCCACCUGAAAUUGAGGGGCCCCUGUAGUAGUUUGGCUUGCUUUUUUCGUGAUCAUAUUGAUGAUGUUGUUUCUAAUGUGGUUAUGACAAUCUCUUAAUUCAAAACUAAAAUUUUCUUCAAUUGCU